UUUCUUUUACUGGCAAACUAAAGUGAAACUCUGAAGCUGUCUGUUUUCACAAUGGCAUCUAGUAAAUAUGCAGGAGAUUUUAUGGAGGAAUUUAUUUGCCCAGUUUGCCUUGAACUUUUAAAUGCCCCAGUGAUUUUGGAAUGUGGGCACAAUUUCUGCAAGUCUUGUAUUGACAUAGUUUGGGAGAGAGAGAAGCAACCUUCCUGUCCUGAGUGCAGGGAGGAAUGCACAGCCAGGAAAUAUGCAGUGAACAGACUACUAGCAAAUGCGAUUAAAAGAGUGCAGAUACUGUGUCAGAAAGAAGGACCCAAUAAUCCAUGUCAGAAAGACCAGCAGUGUAUGGAGCAUAAAAAAAGGCUUGAGUUGUUCUGCGAAGUGGAUGAAUCUUUGGUUUGCACACUGUGUAUUCCAGAGCAUCGUGGUCAUACUUUCUUUACAGUGCAGAAAGCACUCGAAAUGUACAAGGACAACCUAACAACAUCUCUAUCUCAUCAGCAGUCAAGUCUGAAGCAUUUUAAAGAAAUAAAGUGCCAGCAAGAAAUGAAGAUAUCAGAAAUCACUGCCCAUGCGAGAAGGAUACAGUUGCACAUAAUAUCAGAAUUUGCCAAGCUUCACCAUUUUCUCCAGGAGAAGGAAGAAAAUCUGGUUCAACAGCUGAAGGAAGAAGAACUAGGAAUACUGAAAGAGAUGGAGGAAAACCUUAAAAAAAUUAAAGAAGAUAUUAAUGCUGUUCAGGAAUCGGUCUCUAAUAUUCAGUUUCAGUUGCAGCGACAGGACACACUGACUUUUCUAAAGGAAAUCAAGUCAUUUAUGCUGAGACUAACAAAAGAACAGAAAGAGAGCGAUGCUCCAAAUGUUGUAACCCGAGAAAUGAUUCUCGGGGUGUACAAAGGCCCCCUGCAGUAUGGUAUAUGGAAGGAAAUGAAAUCAAUCCUUAAUCCUGGUGUCAGUAAUCUUGUAUUGGAUGCUAAAACAGCACACCCUAAUCUUAUUCUGUCUAAGGACCUGACCAAAAUAAUAUUUGGUAACAAAACACAGGAGCUCCCUGACUACCCCGAGAGGUUUGAUGAAUGGUACAGUGUGCUGGGAUCAGAAGGAUUCAUGUCAGGUAGGCACUACUGGGAGCUAGUGGUGCAGAACAACACUGAUUGGAGUGUGGGUGUCACCAGAGAGUCCAGCAACAGAAAAGGAGACGUCAUCAUGAGCCCUGAGAAUGGAUAUUGGAUUUUGGAUUUUAGUGAGAAUAAGUAUGAACCAUGUGAUACAACACAAAAGGAUCUCAAAUGUAGGGAGACGCCACAGAGGAUCGGAAUUUAUCUGGACUAUGAGGGAGGACAGGUGUCAUUUUAUAAUGCUGACAACAUGUCCCAUAUCUACACUUUCACUGACACCUUCACUGAGAGACUCUAUCCUUAUCUCGGCACUUGUAGUGAUGAUGAGGGUAAAAAUGUAAAACCCCUGAAGCUCUUUCACUUAAAAUUAUAGUUCCAACUGAAAACUAUUGGUGUACUUACAUGGAAUUUAAAAUAUUUCUACUAUAUGAAAAGUAUGUUUGUAAAUGUAAUACAGAGAAUGAAACAGUGCAAAAAUGAAGCAGAUUUACUGUCUGACAACCUUAAUGAAAAGGGAGAAUAUUAAAGAAUAACUGCCUUUGCAGGAAAAAAACACAUGAAGACAAUGUAUUUUUGAGCGGAUAUUCUGUUAAAUAAAUAGUGCUGUUAUUUUAACUGCAUGAGUUUUGCAAUGUGCUGCGUAUGUCUUAAGACAUUCUAAUAACUUUUAAAUCUUGGAUUGAAAGUGUGAGCAUUAAAAAUGUUAUUUUGACAUGUACUAUAGAAGUGGCAGAUGAGUUUUAACAGCACAUGACUUUACUUUUCAAAGUUUAUAUUCUUUUGACAUGAUCUUGUAAAUGAAACUGUAUAAAAAACGCUGUUCUAA